GUAGCCGGUGAGGUUUUCGGUGUGUUGUUUUUUUUUUGCUGCACUGACACAGCGGGCUGGUUGGUUUAUCGUUCCCCUCAGACGUGACAGACCUGCGUUAUUUAUACACACCGAAAUCACCGGUACAAAUGUCGGAUUUCGAGGAAUUUGAGAAACAGCUGAGCGAGAAUCGACAAGAGAGAGAAAGAGAGAGACACAAGAAGAGGAGUCGCAGUGGUUCUCCGGGUCGAGGCGACAAACAUCGCAGCUGGAGCAAAGACCGAGGCAGCCGCAGCCGGGAGAAGAGGAGCCGCAGCCGAGACCGGAAGAGCCGGGACCGCCGGAGCUCCUCCCGGGACCACAAGAAGCACAGUCACUCUCCGAGGCGAACGAGGAAGAAAAGGACGUGCAAAUACUGGGACGUUCCUCCUCCGGGCUUCGAACACAUCACACCAAUGCAAUAUAAAGCUAUGCAAGCGGCCGGGCAGAUACCAACAAUAGCUCUGCUGGCGACGUCCACCACCACUGGAGUGGCUGCGGCUCCGACACAAGUGCCCAUAGUUGGCAGUCAGAUGACGAGACAAGCCCGACGCCUCUAUGUGGGGAAUAUUCCCUUCGGAGUCACUGAGGAGUCCAUGGCGGAGUUCUUCAACGCUCAGAUGAGACUCGCAGGUCUUUCACAAGCCCCGAGCAACCCUGUACUCGCCGUGCAGAUCAAUCAGGAUAAAAACUUUGCUUUCCUAGAGUUCCGGUCUGUGGACGAGACGACGCAGGCCAUGGCCUUCGAUGGAAUCAUUUUCCAGGGUCAGUCGCUGAAGAUCAGAAGACCUCACGACUAUCGGCCUUUACCCGGAAUCUCAGAGCAGCCCGCCUUCCACGUCCCGGGUCUGUUACCGAGCAGCACCGACACAUUAUAUACCGUAAAGCUUCUAAUAAUAGACCCGGGCGUUUAUUUGCUUAAA